ACGCGUGCGCGAAUAGUGGGGAUUAUUAAGUGGGGGAUAAAGAACGAUGUAGUUGCCCCCGAUCAUAUGAGAGUUUGACGCCAGUUUUAGUUACGUACCUGAUACCGGCGGCGGAGUGAUUUCUAGUAUCGCGUCAUCAUCAUCAUCCUCGUCGUCGUCGUCGUCGUCGUCGUGGGGGCCCUCAGCUGUUUCCCGCCAAAGAUCGCCAUUACAAAACGCGUACCGGGCGUUGUGUGUGCGCCGCGGAGUGACUGUUCCGUGGACAAAAUUUAUUUACGCGCCUAAAGUUUAUUAAAUUUUUUUUUUAAUUAUUAAUAAUUAUUAAACAAGUACAAAAAUAUAUCAUUAUUAUUUUUGUGUGUUUUAGUGUUUUUAAUUUAAUUUUCUUCUCAUUUAUCAAUUAAUUAUAUGGCACAUUUAAGCGCCCUGGGGGCGUUAUAAUUAUUUAUAAUUAUUAAAUAAAUAAAUAAAUAAAUUAACAACAGUGAAUGAUAAAAAGUUUAUUGAUUAAUAUAAAAUAGCUAGCAAUAAAGAAAACAAAAAAAAAAAAAUAUAAAAGUGAGAAUAAUUUAAUAAUUUGAAUAAAAAAAAAAUAGUGUCAGUUUCAAUAAAUAAAAUUUAUAAUAUUUGACAUUUUUUUUUUUAUAAUUUAUUUAAAUAAUAAGUGUCCAACAAAUAAAAAGAAGAAAAAUAAAUAAAAAGUGACUUGAACAAUGUACAUUAGUAAUAUAAAUUUGUGAAGAAAAUUUUUUUUAUAUUGACAAUUAAUUGUAUUUGUAUGGUGUGCUUAACAAUAUUUAUUAAUUAACUUGUUGAUAAAUAAUUAAGUGGUGUAUAAUAAUAAUAAUUAUUGACAAAGUGUUAAACAUUGAUUGAGAUAUUAUGUCAGUGUUUAGUAGUGGUGAUGAGAGGAUUCUGAUCGAGGAAAUUGUGGAGACAACGACCGACGAACAGGAAACUGAAAUUUGCAGCAAUAGCGAGACUUGGGACGAGUGCUCGUUAGCUGCAGCAACACUUGUUGAAGUAUCCGAGUGUCAAGAUCAAGACUCGGAUAAUCAACAAACAACAAAUCAUAAUAAUAACAAUAAUAACAACAAUAAUAAUAUAAAUUAUUAUCAACGUACACGUAAAAAUCAAAGUGGUCAAGUUAUUAGAAACGGUAAUCGUUUGAUUGAUCAAAAUAAUACCGAUCAAGGUAGUGACGAAGGUGAUAACGAUAUUAAUACAACAGAUAGUACAACACCACGUAGCCAUAUGGAGCAAGAAAAAAGAAUGAGGCGUGAAAUUGCCAAUAGCAAUGAAAGAAGACGUAUGCAAAGUAUUAAUGCUGGAUUUCAAUCAUUAAGGACACUACUACCACAUCAUGAAGGCGAAAAAUUAUCAAAGGCAGCAAUACUUCAACAAACAGCAGAAUAUAUUUAUCAGUUGGAACAGGAAAAGACUCAGCUUCUUUCACAAAAUUGUCAGCUCAAAAGAUUGGUGAAUCAACAUGAGGGUGGUGAUGUGCCGAUCAAAAAACGUAAAACUGAAAGUCAAGGUGUCGUUGUAAGUCUACCAAUACAUAUUAGUGAAAGUGGUGAUGAGGGUCUUGGCAGUAUGUCACCUGAGCCAAUGUCAGUCAUCACAGUAUCAUCAGAAAAUCAUUCAGUUGUAAGUAAUAGUAGUACAACAAGUACCAGCAGUGAAAUUGUUGAUUUAAAAAGACAGUUGGAAAAAGAACGUCAUCAAAGAUUGCACCUGGAGAAGCAGAUGCGAACGAUACAUACACAACGUUAUCCAGAAAGAUUCCGAGACAAUCAACUUAUUGCCUAUCAACCACACGAGGUAAUUGAACAUACUGACAAUGUAAUGGCUCAAGAAACAGAAGAAGCAGUUAAUAAUCUUCAAGUUGUAUCAGUAAUGUCAAUACCAGCUGUUGGUUCAACACAAACAGUUGAAACAUCAAGUCCAGAUCCAGGUAUUGAUGUAUCACCAGUAUUAUCACCACAAUGUGGUGAUUUAAUUGAUGAUAUUAAAGAUGAAAUGAUUACCAUACAUCCAUCAAGUCCAAAAAUAUUAACAUUUACAAAUGCUGAACAGCUAUAUACAACUGUUAUUGAAGAAGAAGAAGAAGAACAACAAUCAGAAACAACAUCAACAGCAACUGUUGUUGUUGCAACAACACCACCAACAACAUUAACAAAUGAUUCAUUUACACCAACAAUUGUAACAUAUGCAUCAGCAAAUGAAUUUAAUAAUAAAAAUAAUAAUGGUGCACAAUUUAUAGCAGCAAGUCCCACAAGAUCAUUUUCACCAACAAUUGAAACACCAAGAUUACCAUCUGUUCUUGAAGCAGCAAUGAAAGCUGAGCCGAAAGUUGAAGUUGAAAGAUUACCAUCACCAGCAAGUUCCAUUGACGAUGGUACAUCACAAACAACAAGAUUAUAUUUAGCAAAUACAUCAAGACAAAAUUUAGAAACAAUUGUCGAAGCAAUACGUCAUCUUGAAGGUGAUCAUUUUCUUGGUGAUGAACCAUCACAAGAUACACCAUUGGCAUUAACAAAUAAACCAUCAGCAACAUCAGCAACAACAUCAAAAAGAUUACUUCAUGCUGAAGUUAAUAAUUUUCUUCAAUUUCAUACGCAUAAACAAACACAACAACGACCUGGUGUUAUUGUUGUUAAACAUUCGUGAUCAUCUAUUAAUCUACCAGUUAAUCAUUUAUGAAAUAAAAAAAUACAGUCAAAAUAAUAAUUUUUUUUUUUUAGAAAUACUAUUAAAAUUAAGAGGUAGAAUAAAAAAAAAAUAUUAUUAUUAUACUUUUGCACUUAUAAAUAAAAAACCAGUACACAAUUUAAUUUAAUUUUUUUAUUUUUACUUGUUUUUAUUAUUAAUAUUAAUUAUUAGUUGAAAAAAAAAAACAAAAGUCAAAUUGAUAUUUAUUUUUGACUAAUAAAUAAUCACUGUAAGAAAUAAAUAGAUAAAAAAACAAGAAAAAUUAAAAAAAAAAAACAUAAUUUCAAUAUUACAGUUAUUAUUAAUUAAUUAAGAAUUUUUUUCAUUGUAAAUAUUGCUAUAGAUAUUUUUUUUUUGUUUCUUCUUUUUACAUUAAAAAACUAUUAUUAUUUUUUUUUUUUUCUAGAGUGAUUCCUCAAAUAUUGAAUAUAAUUUGAGUGCAAAGAAAAUAUAUAUUAAGAUUAAGUACAUUGAAAGAUUGAAAAAAAAAACAAUAACUCGCAAAGAUUUCGAAAAUGAGUGAUAGUUUUGAGAUCGUGCACACAUCUACCCACAAACAAUUUAUAUUUGUAGUUUUAAUUAUUAUUACAUAAGAUGUAUUAUAAUGUAUUUACAUUUUAUUUUUUUUUCUUUCCUUUUUCCCUACAUUUCUUACGAUUGUUACAAAAAAAAAAAAAAAAAAAAUUAUAAUACAAAAAAAAAAUGGUAAAAAUGGAAAUUGAUAAAAAAACAAAAAAAAAAAAUGAAAAAAUAGACUACAAAUUGAAAAUUUAUGUCUCUGGUGUCAUUGUUAAAUGGUUGAACGUUUUUUCUUUUAAUGGAAAAUUUAAUUAUGAUUAAUAUUUGAUGACACAUAUUUCGAAUCGAAAUAAAUUUAAAAAAAAAAGAACAAUUAAUAGAAUAAUUAUUUCGAAAAAAUGUUUUUAAUUUAUCUUUAUUUUUCUAAUUUAUUUAAAAAAAAAAAAACAAAAUUACUUUUGAAUUUUCAUUUAAACUGUGCCAAAUAUCGAGUACAUUUUGUGAAUAUUCUAAAAAAAAAAACUAAAUUUUAUUUUUAUUAUUAUUUAUAAACUAAAUAAUAUUUCUAUUAAUUUUUUUUUCAAAUUCAAACUAUGUGUCAACAAAAUAAUUACAUUUUCCAUUUUUUUAUUUAUCUCAAAUUAUCUUUAUUUCGCUAAUUGUUAUAAACUAAUUUAUAUUUUUUUUAAAAAACAUAAAUCAACAAAAAAAAAAUUUUUUUUUCUAGACAUUGAAAAAUUUUAUAAAAACAAAAAAGAAAAAGAAAAAUGUAGUAUCUACAUUAUGAAAAUCAUGGAAUUUAAAUUUUUUAGAUGAUAAAAAAAAUAAAUUAAAUUUUUGCACUUAUAAAAUUAUAAGCAAAUGACAAAAAAUUAAAAAAAAAUUUAUACAAUUGCACUUGUAUGAAUGAUACAGUAUAAUUAUAAUGUAAUGUAAAUAUUAUCGCCAGACUAGAUGUUUACAUCUUUGACUUUGUCAUAAAAAAAAAACCAAUAGACAAGAAAAAAUAAAUAAAAAUAAAAAUUUGAUAUGAAAGAGACAUGGCUCCCUCGUUAAACGAAUGUCAAGAGACUGAGCUAGGCUAAAAAUAUUAAAUUCAAAUUCAUUACUAUCCCAAGCAUCAUUAUUCACUUCUAAUUAAUCGGAUUGCAUUUUCAAUAUAUAUUUUAAUCGUUGCAACGAAGGAGCCCUCAAAAAAUUCAAUAAACAUUAUUUCUUUUUAUCUUUUUUUAUAACACACAACAUCGAAAAUGUAUGAUAACGUUUUUUUUCCAUUUAUUGUUUAUUAAACUUGAUCAAUUAUAAAUUGAUUUAAUUAAAAAAGAAAAAUUUCUAACGCACUAAAAUUGACACUGAAUAUAAGAUGAAAAUGUCUAUGUGAUGGAAUUUAAGUGUAAUUAUUUUGUUAAGUAAUUGAACCAAGAUUGUAAAAAAUUUAACGCGAGAUGAUAUGGGCCUAAAUAAAGCAUUGUUUUGAAAUUAAACAGACGAUUUUACUGUUGAAUAAAAUUAAAAAUAAAUAUUAAUAUGCCAUUUUUCACUAAACUUUUUUACUGAAUGUUUUCCUAUUAUUAUUGUCAUGAUAAUAUUGUAUGUGAUUUUUAUAAAUUAAAUAUCCUCAUUUUAUUUCAAAACAAUCCUUUAUCGAAAACCAUUUUUGAAAAAAUAAAUAAUAAAAAGUCAAGUACAUGAUAAAUUUAAAAAAGUCUUAAAUAUAAAAUAUUUUUAAAUAAAUAUUAUAAAAUUUAAAAAUAUUAUUUAUAACAUCUCGCGAAUAACCAGUAUACGACUAAUUAAGAAAAAAAAAAGUAAAAAAAAAUCUAAUUAAUAAUAAAGUGUUAAAAAUUUAUAAAUAAGUUGGACAGGAAAUUAAAAAAAAAAAAAAAAAAAAAAAUCUACAAAAAAUUGCAUUUUUUAAUUUAAAAUAAUAAAAAAAAUAUGUUAUUUUUAAUGAAAUUAUUGUUAAUUUUCAAUUGCAAAACUACCAAAUUUUUAUUUCUAGUUGUGUUAAGUUAUUUAUUAUAAACAAAUGGAAAAAAAAAAACAAUUUAAUUAUAAUGAAAAAUGUGAUGAAAAGACAAUUUUUCUUUAUUGUUUUUCAUUCGAAUGACAGUUGAUGAAUGUGAAUUGUCUGGUACAGAGCUGUGUACAUAGUAAAGCGUUGAAAAUUAACAAUAAUUUAAAUAACAUGUUACUAUUUAAAGAAAAAAAGAGAGAGUUCAGUCGGAU